AUGUCGCGUCGGACCCAGCAUCCAUCCAUCCGUGGACGGCUCCUAGCUCUCGCCGCGCUGUUGCUCUCAGCUGCUCUCCUCAGCUCCUCGUUCCGCGCAGCAGACGCAGCUUCGCGGGAGCUUCUGGUGGCCGACGAGCCCGUGGACCCGGAUGACGUCACAGGAUGCCACCGUGGCGAUGGCGUGUGGGCGCGCUGCGUCCCUCUCACGGCCGGGGAAGUCAGAGAGAUGUUCCGACCGGGGACAGACCUUGGCGGCGUGACGACCCUGGUGGACGAUGCUGGUGAUAUGGAUGUUGCUGCCAACGCAGACCACUCCCGAAAGCUUGCUGAGGUGGAACUCCUCGAUGCUGACGUGGAUGAGAACGUCUCUGACGUGGAAGUCGUGGACGCCGUGCUGGAAGACGUGGCCGAGCAGAGCGUCCAGCCUGCUGACGUCACGGUAGAUGACGUGGCAGUGAUGGUUGACGAGCAGCAGCAGGGGGAGGAGGAGGAAGCGGAAGGGCAGCAACCGCAACAGGAACAGAAACAGGAGGAGGAGGCGGAGGCGGAGAAAGGGCGAGGGUAUUUAAGGAUGGCCGCCGCCGAUAGCACUGACAGCUCUGACAGCGCUGCUAACGCUGAGAGUGCUGGUGUUAGCGCGGGUAGCGGUGCUGUUGUUGGGGAGGGGUCCGCUGAAUCCCCGCGGCGGCGCGUGCUGCGGGAGCUGGGGUAUGGGUACUGGUUCGCCGUUGAUAACCAGCUGCUGGACGAGGAAGGGCGCGUGAUUAAAUUCUCUGGAGUGACGUGGAAUGGCUUUGACACGGAGAACUGCGUGGUGGACGGCAUAGCGGGCGGCAGCGGCUUGUCCUAUUCGGACCACCUGGAUAAGAUCCAGGGCGCGGGGUUCAACGUGGUGCGCCUGCCCUUCUCCACGGAGUGCCUCAUGUACGACGAGCGCACGCCAGCGCGGGAGGCAAUUAAUUUCGACCUGAAUCCGGAUCUGAAGAACCUGACUGUGAUUCAAGCAAUAGAUGCUAUAGUAAAAGCAUGCCGCGACCGUGGGCUGAGGGUCAUUCUCGCCAACACGCGCAUCGGCCCCGCCCUGCCGCCUCUCUACGAAGAUGACCUGGGCGUGUGGUGGGACGCGGGGCACUCUGAGGCCGUGUGGAUCGGCAACUGGUUGAAGCUUGCUCAGCGAUACAUUGGGGAGAGGACCGUGGUUGGGGUCGAUCUGUACAAUGAGAUUCACAACCACCCGUCACACCCUGACAUCAUUUGGGCGGGGGACAAUGUGGGAGAGCCUUACAACUGGCGUACUGCUGCAAAGAGGGCCGCGGAUGCCAUUCAGACGGUCAAUCCCGACCUGCUGAUCAUCGUGCAAGGGUUGGGCACGCAGUACACGUGGCGGGGGGCGGACCAGAGGGGCGUGAUGGCACACCCGCUUAAGCUCAAGGUGCAAUACAAGCUGGUGUAUGCAGUGAACGACUUUGGUCCCUUUGUCGACCCCAAGAAGCCCUGGUUCAAGGACCCCAACUUCCCUGAGAACCUCGAGGGAUACUGGGACACUGCGUUUGGGUUCAUCCCCCAGAAGAACUUCACCCCCCUUAUAGUCACACAGUGGGGCAGCAGGUUCCCCUCGGUCGAAAACACGUCCACGGAUUUCCAGGAGAUGCAGUAUUUGGAGAAGUUUCAGCGGUAUAUUCGGUCGAGGAGUGCGGGGUGGGUGUGGCUCACGUGGGGGCCGACGAACAAGCAAGUGGGCGGGCUUUUAGCUAAGACCUGGAAAAAGAUGGAGCAGCCGAAGCUGUCGUUCCUGCAGCCGAUUAUGCACCCCGGGUUCGGGCCGGCCAAUGGGGAGCAGCCGUGGACGGCGCCGGAUCAUGAUAAGCUGGUGGUGUUUUCUCCUGACACGAACGUGACGGUGAUUGGUUCGGGAGAAGACCUGAGUCCGAAACUCCAGCGCCCUCAAUGGAAUGCUGCUGCUCACAGUCCUCAUGGCCCGGUGGCUUUCACGCUCAUCCCGCCGCGCAGAGACACGGGCAUAGCGAGCGAGGAGGAGUGGAACAUCAGCCUGCACAACGCGCCUCUUAACGAAUCAGGCCUUAACGAGGACGGCAGCUCGUGGUAUCGAGAGAGCGGGGAGGACGUGGGGGAGAAUGGAUACCGCUGCCGGUGGAGCAUCAUGGGAGGGAGGAGCUCGGAUGGAUCCGUGCAAUGGAAGGAAACGGUGAGUGGGAGCGUGGGGGGGCGGGUAAGACGGGAGGAGAGACGGGGGAGAUCAGAGGAGGGACAUGGGGGAGAAUGGGUACCGGUGCCGGUGGAGCAUCAUGGGCGGGAGGAGCUCGGAUGGAUCUGUGCAAUGGAAGGAAACGUGGUGGGAGAAGAGCGAUUGGACAGGAUACAAGGAACUAGGUGGGAGAAGUACAACGAGCGGGGGUGGACGGAGAAAGGGGCGUACAAGUUCGGGCGGCAUGAGGGGCAGUCGUGGUGGGAGAAGUGGGGCGAGCAGUACGACGGACGAGGAGCAGUGCUCAAGUGGACGGACAAGUGGGCGGAGCAGGACGAUGACGGCAGCAAGUGGGGCGACAAGUGGGAGGAGCGAUUCACAAACGGGGUGGGCAGGAGACAAGGAGAGACGUGGCACCUGUCGCCCCCCUCCUCCCGAUGGUCGAGAACGUGGGGAGAGGAGCACUAUGGGGAUGGGUAA